GGGUAAUCGAGCGCGGAGGGGCGGAUGGUGUCAGUAGAGGAGGACUGGUCAUAGGGAGUCAUGGCGCUGGUGAACAGGAGCUGUGUGGCUGCGGGGCGGUUCUCCUGCUGUCAGCUGCUGUUUACCCCGAGAUCCUGCGCUGAGUCCCAGCAGGUCCACAUCAGUCGACUGACCAGUACAGCCAGUACAUCGGCUACACUGCAGGACAGAAAGAAGGAGAUUAAAGAAGACGGCCUGGAGCUGAAAGACUUCAUAUCAGGAGACCUCUCAGAGAAAGGCAGGUGGGAGGAAUACAGGGGAAACCUGAAGAGACAGAAAGGAGAACGGCUGAGGUUACCACCAUGGCUGAAGACUGAGAUUCCUAUUGGGAAAAACUACAACAAACUGAAGAACACUCUACGAGAUCUCAACCUGCACACUGUAUGUGAGGAGGCCAGAUGUCCUAACAUUGGAGAGUGCUGGGGGGGUGGGGAGCAUGCUACAGCUACAGCAACCAUCAUGUUAAUGGGGGAUACCUGUACUCGUGGCUGCAGGUUCUGUUCUAUAAAAACAGCAAGAAAUCCUCCUCCUCUGGAUCCGGAUGAGCCGUACAACACCGCUAAAGCCAUCGCUGCCUGGGGGCUCGAUUAUGUGGUGCUCACUUCAGUGGACAGAGACGACCUUGCUGACGGGGGUGCAGAACACUUUGCAAAGACAGUGUCCAACCUGAAGGAGAGGAGUCCUCAUAUCCUGGUGGAGUGUCUGACUCCGGAUUUCCGUGGUGAUCUGUCAUCGGUGGAGACGAUCGCUCUGUCUGGACUAGAUGUUUACGCCCACAAUGUAGAGACUGUGAGAGAACUGCAGAGGUAUGUGCGUGAUCCUCGGGCAAACAUUGACCAGUCUCUCAGUGUCCUGCGCCACGCAAAGCAGGUCAAACCAGGCCUGCUCACCAAAACCUCCAUCAUGCUCGGACUGGGAGAGACCGACACGCAGAUACACGCUACACUGAAAGACUUGAGGGAUGCUGGAGUGGACUGUCUGACUCUUGGUCAGUACAUGCAGCCCACCAAACGUCAUCUAAAGGUGGAGGAGUACGUCACUCCUGAGAAGUUUGCAUACUGGGAAAAGAUUGGUCAGAAAAUGGGAUUCGUCUACACAGCCAGUGGACCAUUAGUGCGCUCUUCUUACAAAGCAGGUGAGUUCUUCUUGAAGAACCUGCUGAAAAACAGGAAGCUGGAAGAAGAAACAUCUGAAUGAAUCUAGACUCCCAUCCAUUACAGAACUACACUAAACUAUACUGUAUAUUAUAUUUUUAUAGCUGGUCUCCACAGAGGUAGUAUUUACACUGAUGCUACACUGUCAGAUAAAUAGAUACAUAUCCAUCGCUGGGCUGGUAUCCCUUAGAGGUGUAUAUCUCCUUCACUCCCUGUAGUUAAGGGAGAUACAGCUCUGAAAAAAAAACCAUAAGAGACCACUUAAACAUCAUGAGUUUCUUUGACUUCACCAAAUUGAAAACCUCAAUCACAAGCCAUCAAACCAAGCUAAACCUCUUUAUGCACCAGGAGUAAAGGCAUAAAGUUAUCCAAGAGCAGUGUGUAAGACUGGUGGAGGAGAACAUGCCAAGAUGCAUGAAAACUGUAAUUAAAACCUUUUUUU